AUGGCCCGUGGCGCAAAGCGCUCCCUCGAGGAGGUCGCCAACAAGUCCGACUCCGACGACGAGGACUACAGUGACCACGCCCAAUACCCACGUUCGACCGGGCGAAAAUCGAAACCAAGCCCCAAGAAAAAGUCGCGGCCUGUUGCAAAGAAGAGACGGCGCGACUCUGACGACGACGGUCUCACAUCUGAAGAAGAGCUGUCCGAAGAUCUCUCCUUCGAUGAAGUUGAAGAGGAUUCGGAGGAAGAUGCUGAUGUUGAACGCAAUGCUCGCGGAACGGCGCGUCGCAGAACCACCCAAAGUCGUCGCCCACAAUAUGAAGAACCUGAAUCAGAGGAAGCGGUCAACGAUGACGAGGACGAAGAUGAUGCUGAAGUCGAAAAUUCUCGAUCCGCUCCACCAAAUCAUACAGUCCUCAAGUUGAAACUUCCAGCUCAGUAUUUUGAGCACCAUCGUGUGACCCGUGCUCGUGGUGCUUCAGAGGAUAUCUACGCUCUUACUACCUCUGGACGCCACAUGGAAACCAUUAAGCGAGGCAUUCGCAGCCCAGAUGAUACCCCUACCCGUCGUCUGCUCAACAGAGGUGGCCGUGCAAAUCGCACUGUUCUCGACGAUGAGGAUGAGGAAGCCGAAGAAGUCAUUGAAGAAACCACCAUUCAAGGAUCACAAUUGGAUGUCGUGGAAAGCGACUUGCCUCAAACAGGCACUGAAAGCACUCACGAACCAAUUGAUCAGGAAAUGGCCGAUGAAGAUGUCGUCCCUGAGUCAGAGAAUGGCGACGGAAAGAACACACAUUCCCACGACGAGGACGAAAGUCCUAAGCUCCGCCGACGAAGCAAUGUUACCCGAGAGCCCAUUGAGGAGGAUGCGGAAGGGGACACACAGCCUAACGAGGAAUCUCAACUACGCCGAUCCAGCCGCAAGCAGCCAUCUCGGAGCUCACAGCGCAAGGCGAAAGGAGAGGAAAGCGACUUUGAACCAGAAGAAGAAGCGUCGAAUGACGAAGAAGAGGAUUUGGAUUCUGAAGCUGGUGCUUCGCCCAGCAAAGGAAGUCGAGGUCGUGAGGAGGCAGAGGAUAGCUCUACCAGCCGACGCGCUGGUCUUCGCAGACGAAUUCCCCAAUCCCGUGCGCCGUCCGAGGAGGCCGAAGAACUAGCCGAAGAGCUCGAAGACCUUCGUGGUGGCCGCUACCGUCGCCGGGCCAAACAAGAAGUUGUGUACGAAAAGCCGCGUCGAAACCGCAAGAAUGUUGAUUACCGUUUGAUUCGUCCUGAAAUUCUUCUCCCUAACGAAGACUCCGAUCCGGAAGUGGCUACCGGCUCCCCAUCCCGCCGUGGAAAGGGGGCUGGAGGGUGGCAGCGCACUCUGUUCUCAACUUCGGGCCCAUUUGGCGGCCAAGGUGCUUCGGCGCUUCUCGGGGCUCCUGGUAAUCCCAUUGCGGCUGGAGGAGUGGACAGCGACAGCAGUGAUGAUGAAGGCGGACAACAGCCCGGCCUUACUUCUGGUGGUGCUGCCCCAACAACACAUGCCCAGACAGGAGAAACUGCUCAACACUUGUCUGGCACGCCUGCAAACUUGGGCAAAGUAACCAACAAACAAGCUUUGGUGGACGCAGACCCUCUAGGAGUCGAUGUCAAUGUCAACUUUGACAGUGUCGGUGGGCUACAAGGGCACAUUGAUCAGUUGAAAGAAAUGGUUUCUUUGCCGUUGCUAUAUCCUGAAAUCUUUCAGCGAUUCAAAAUCACACCUCCUCGCGGUGUCCUAUUCCAUGGCCCUCCCGGUACAGGAAAGACGCUCAUGGCUCGAGCGCUUGCAAACAGCGUCAGCUCGGAAGGCAAGAAAGUCACAUUCUACAUGAGAAAGGGUGCGGAUGCUCUGAGCAAAUGGGUGGGUGAAGCUGAACGACAACUUCGACUUCUGUUCGAUGAAGCUCGCAAGACCCAGCCUAGCAUUAUCUUUUUUGAUGAAAUUGAUGGCCUGGCUCCCGUGAGAUCGAGUAAGCAAGACCAGAUCCAUUCAUCCAUUGUCUCGACUCUCCUUGCAUUGAUGGACGGCAUGGAUGGCCGCGGUCAAGUGGUUGUGAUUGGUGCUACCAAUCGACCAGACUCAGUUGACCCUGCCCUUCGCCGCCCGGGCCGUUUCGAUCGUGAGUUCUACUUCGCGCUGCCCAAUUCUGAGGCUCGACGCGCAAUUCUUGACAUUCACACCAAAAACUGGGAUCCUCCUUUGCCUGAGAGCAUCAAAGAUCAGCUUGCAGACAUGACCAAGGGAUACGGUGGUGCCGAUUUGCGCGCGUUGUGCACUGAAGCUGCAAUCAAUGCCGUGCAAAGAAGGUACCCCCAGAUUUACAAGUCCGACCAGAAGCUCAUCAUCGACCCUACAUCAAUUGAGGUGGCUCCGAAAGAUUUCAUGCUAGCGAUAAAGAAACUAGUUCCUUCUUCGGAGCGUUCUACUUCAUCUGGAGCAACUGCCCUCCCUCCUAGCAUUGAGCCUCUGCUUCGUGAUCCACUGGCCGACAUCAGAAAGUUGCUGUCUGAGAUAUUACCUCAGCGAAAGAAGCUCACUGCCCUCGAGGAAGCACAAUUUGAGGAGCCCCAAGAUGGUGAAAGUUUCAGUCGAGAACUUCUUCUGCAAGAGUUUGAUCGCUCCCGUGUGUUCCGGCCACGACUACUACUCCGUGGCUCCCACGGGAUGGGUCAGCAAUACUUGGCAUCUGCACUCUUGCAUGUUUUUGAAGGCCUGCAUGUGCAAGCAUUUGAUCUUCCGACACUGCUAAGUGACUCUACUCGUUCCCCAGAGGCAACUAUCAUCCAGUUGUUCACAGAGGUCAAACGACACAAGCCAAGUGUGAUUUACAUUCCUAACAUUCAGCUGUGGGUUCAAACCGUUGGUCCUGCUGUAAUUUCUACAUUUGUGGGACUUCUGCGAUCAAUUCCACCUUCUGAUCCGGUGUUGCUGCUCGGUAUUCUUGAUUCAGCCGAGGAUGAUGUCGACGCUGCCCUUCUCAAGAAUCUGUUCGGCUACUCCAAGAAGAAUUUCUAUGAUUUGACUUCACCAAGCGGCGAUGCACGCCGUGAAUUCUUUGCAAAGAUAAUUGAAUACGUUAAGACUCCUCCCAAAAAUUUCCCCAACCCGGACAACCGCAAGCGCCGUCAGCUGGAGGAAUUGGCAGUUGCGCCACCACCUCCCCCGAAACCUGAGGCGCAGCUCACCAAAGAAGAGAUCAAAGCCCAGAAGAAGAAAGACAACAACACCUUGAACCUUCUGAAGCUUCGGAUCCAGCCCAUUAUGGAUCAGCUAAAGAGAUACAAGCGGUUCAGAUUCCCCUCGAUUGAAGAAUCAACUAUUCGCUACUUGUGGGAAGAGGAAGAUCCAGACCAUAUCACAAGUGACCUUCCACCCGACCAGCAGAACACAUACCGGCCGUACGAAAAAGCAUUUGAUAAGCAUGGUGUUUUGGGUCUUCGGGAAACUGCCACGGGCAAGUUCUUCUACAACUUGGACUUCGCAACCAUCGAAAAGCGUCUUUCCAACGGAUACUACAAGCGGCCUCUCGAGUUCGUGGCCGACAUCAAGCGCAUUGUAAAGGAUACACGUCAAGCUGGCGAUCAAGAGCGCAUACUACGUGCCAACGAAAUGCUGUCAAAUGUCGAAGUUGACGUUAACACUAUCCUCGUGGAUCAGCCAGCGCUUGUAGCUGAAUUGGAUCAAGUGUAUGCCCGUCAACAGGCUCGUGAGAAGGAUGCUGCAGAGCGUGCCCGGCGAGCUGCCGAGGAGAGCCAAAAUCCCCCUCGUCUUGAGCCUGACCACGAUAAGCAAGACAACACUGAAGUCAGUCUAUCGACCGGCGCCGGUGAGUUGCUCCCCACCAAUGGUGAUCAUCGAAACCCAUCGUCGCGUCCUGUGACGCCCAACCAACAGUCGGAUCUCAGCUAUGUCAACGGACAUCGUCAAGGCGGUGGUUCAGACCUCAAUGAGUUUGGCUCUCAUGGCGCUGGCAUAAGCAACGAUACCCAACCAGAUGUUGAUGGCGAUGUCUUCAUGUCAAACUCCGAAGGUCACUCUGGAAGCAAGGAUACCCAGGGGAGCUCGUUCGGGCCUUCUGCCCAGCCAAAGCCACCUUACUCUCACACUGCGCCGUCCCAACAGGUUCGCCGGGAAUCGGGUCUCUCCAGCUUCUCUCAGCGGGGUCCCAUGACCCCCAUGGCUCCUGGAUCCCAACCAAACGACUAUACCAACGAAGCAUCCACCACUCAAACAACUUCGGACAAGAAAUCUUCCGAGUAUCUUUCCAAUCAGCAAUACAACACGCAAAGCCCUAAUGCCUCUAAAUUCGAAUACCCCGACCUCACCUCCUAUCCCGACCGUGUGUCGCAAGAAGAUCACCUGCCAGACACACAGCAAGGCGGCAGCAGCCAGCCCUCUCCUCAGCCUCGUGACGAUUUCGAUGGCAACGAUACCCUGGCGAACAGUGGUUUCAUUGGAAGCCAGUCCAAGCCUCAGCCCCCAUUGUUCGAUGCGCCCAGCAUGCCGACAAACGAUUCUGUAGCCAAUCCUCUGCCCCGUCUCAGUGAAGAACCCCACGAGCCGUUGGUUCUUGAUCUCGACGUCGUUGCAGACCUUCACAACUCUCUGACGCUCAUGACAAGCGGCUUCUCGGUGGAGCAGCUUGAGCAGGUCAACACGAACCUGAUGGACACUGUAUGGCACAUGCGUGCCGAGUGGAACCGCAACAACGUGGCCAAGGGCCUCUCUAAGCGGUUCAAUGAUGUUCUGGAAGACAUGCAAGAAAUGCAGGAGAUCAAAUCCCCCAGCCAGAAGACCAGGAAUCACUUCCAGGGAGUGAGCUUCCAGUAA